GCGGGGCGGCGCGCGGGCCCUUUCCGGCGGGCGCUGAGGCGGCGCGUGGCGCGGCGGGAGCGCGGGCCGGCCGCCAUGGAGGCUGAGGCGGCGGCGGCCCCGGCCGAGGGCGGCUUCACCAGCGUCGUGUCCAGGCGCGGCCGGCGGAAGCGGCGGGCGGCCGGGGGGGCCGCCACGGACACGGCUAUGGACACGGCGGAACCGCGGCCCAGCAAGAGGCCGGCCUUCCCGCCGGUGGCCGCCGAGGCGCUGGGGGUUGGGAAGGGCGAGCUGCGGAAGGUGCCCGUGCCGGCCAACAGGUACACGCCGCUGAAGGAGAACUGGAUGAAGAUAUUCACGCCCAUCGUGGAGCAUCUGCAGCUGCAAAUCAGGUUUAAUUUGAAAACGAGGAACGUUGAAAUCAAGACUUGCCAAGAGACAAAGGAUCUCAGUGCUCUAACGAAAGCAGCUGAUUUUGUAAAAGCAUUUAUACUUGGGUUUCAAGUAGAGGAUGCUCUUGCUCUCAUCAGAUUAGAUGAUCUUUUUCUAGAAUCAUUUGAAGUUACAGAUGUCAAACCCUUGAAGGGAGAUCAUCUGUCAAGAGCAAUAGGGAGAAUAGCAGGAAAAGGCGGAAAAACAAAGUUCACGAUAGAAAACGUAACCAGGACACGAAUUGUUCUUGCUGACGCGAAAAUUCAUAUUUUGGGAUCUUUUCAGAACAUCAGAAUGGCUCGAACAGCAAUUUGCAAUCUAAUUUUAGGAAGCCCUCCAUCAAAAGUUUAUGGCAAUAUCAGGGCAGUGGCCAGCAGAGCAGCAGAAAGGUUCUGAGCACCACUGAGGGCUGGGGCUGGCAGUGCUUCCUGUGUCCUCCAGGCCCAAGCGCCAGCAGCACUGUCUUCUCUUUGAUUUGGAUGCCCAGAAGAAAACCACGACUACUCCUGCAGUCUGACUCUCUUCAGAAGUGCUGUCUGAUUGGAACACACUUCAUGUUCCUGUGUAGUCAUUAAAUGUUACUUUAAAUCUGU